AUGGGAAGCAGUAAUACAGAAGCAUCAAGAGCUGUGCAAUUCGGUUUUCAUUGUGCAGGUUCAAAUCAUUCAUCCUGUACAACAACUACCGAGGAUGACAAGUCUCAGCAAGGACACCUCCCCCACUGUGAUCACUGCGACUAUGAAACUGGAAAACUGUCCGAUCUGAAAGCACACCUUAGGGUCCACACAGGAAAGCUUCCCUUUCAAUGCACUUUGUGUGCUCACAGCUUCUCACGCAGAUCCCACCUGAUUAGGCAUUUGCGCGUUCACACGGGCGAGAAGCCAUUUCAGUGCCCUUCGUGCUCUCUGAGCUUCUCAUUAAAGGACACUCUUAACAGACACUUGCGUGUCCACACUGGUGAGCGGCCAUUUAAAUGCCAUUUGUGCCCUCAGACCUUUGCACACAGAUCCAUUCUAAAUGGUCAUUUGCGCAUCCACUCAGGUGAGCGGCCAUAUGAGUGCCCAACGUGCUAUCAGACUUUUGUGGAUAGGAACCACCUGAAGAAUCACGUACGCAUCCACUCAGGGUCAAAGGAUUCAUCCUGUCCCACAGCUACCGAGGAUGACAAGUCACAGCAAAGACACCUCCGCCACUGUGAUCACUGUGACUAUAAAACUAGAAAACCAUCCGAUCUGAGAGCACACGUUAGGGUCCACACAGGCGAGCGUCCCUUUCAGUGCCCUUCAUGCUCUUACAGCUUCUCACGCAGAUCUCACCUGAUGACUCAUUUGCGCAUUCACACAGGCAAGAGGCCGUUUCAGUGCCCUUCAUGCUCUCUGAGUUUCUCACGAAAGGGCACUCUUAACUCACACCUGCGUGUCCACACUGGUGAACGGCCGUAUAAAUGCCAUUUGUGCCCUCAGAGCUUCUCACACAGAUCCGCUCAGAUUGUUCAUUUGCGCAUCCACUCAGGCGAGCGACCAUACAGCUGCAGCAUCUGCUCCAAAUCCUUUACGCGGUCUUAUACCUUGAGCGAACACAUGAAAACACAGCACCCUGACAUCCCUGAGUAAGUUUCCAGCCUUGUAGGUGUACGUUAAUGAUUAGGCAGGGUCUAAAAUUAUGAAUCUACAUACCUGUGCAGUAUGCUGCAUGGCAUUGGGGUGCAUCAGGUAGGAAGUGUUGAUAUGUUCUGAUAUGUUAAGCUGCGAAGCGACUUCACAACAUGUUUUGGCAUAAUUAACAAGUUGCAGGGAGAGUGUGCUAAUAUUCCUUUCAUUGCACUAACCACAUUCAUUGUGUUAUGCUUUCUUGUGUGGGCAUAACAAAUUUAGAAGCGAUCAUCCCUCAACUGUGCCUUCAAAACACUCCACUUUGCUGUGAAAUGGUGAGGAUAAAUUCGGAAUCGUAGGCAGCUGAUCAGGGCUUCUUGGUCUCCUCCAAAUAUACUGCUUCUUAAAUUAACGUUCCUGUAAGGUACAUGACCCCUCACAAGGUUUGGACAUUGCUAACAAACCAGCAUGAUGGAUUGGUGAUGCAGUGACAUUUAGCAAACUAUGAAAUCAUUCUACAGCACGAAAACAGCUCAAAUUUUAAUGAAAGCCUGUGUGCCCUUCCACUGGAGGGGGCCCUGCAAUUAGGUGGGGAGUCAGUCACACACACAAAGUCCUCACCAAUUAAGUCUGUCCAAUUUUUUUAACUUCCUCGGAACUCAAACAUCCGAAAAAUUGUGCAGUCCGAAAAAACGAAUCCAUGGCUUCUACUGCCUUAAAGGGGUCAAAUUUCCACAACCACGCAUGAAAUGGCUCUGAAGGCCUGCCAGUACACUUAUUCGGUGUCUCGUACUGUGAGAGAAAAUGGUGGGUUCGUGCGUGUAUCAUUAUUGUUAUUGUGACAAUGGCCCCUUUCCACUCUUGGUAUGCUUCACCGCAAUACAAUACAUUGUACUGCGGCAAAGCUGACAUUUUGGGGAAUCGGCAUUAUGCAACGAGACUUGCUAUGCUUUCCACGCUACGAAGCUAUCAGCACGGAUGAUGAAAUUGGAGUCAGUGCCAUUUCUCACAACAGUGGAUCCUUUCCAUAAAAACACGCCAAACAAGGCAAAAUAAGGAACCCGGGGGCUCGUGAUAAACAUGUGAUGUGGUUCAUUGUCUCGGAUAUCGUAGAAGGCUAGAAAGAAAUCUGACUUGCAGUCACUAGUAGAGGUAAAGGGGAGUGCUUAUGCUAGCAGUGAAGCUUGCCUCCUAGCAACAUGGUAACCUCACAUUUCAGUUCCUUCCAUCUCCUCUAAUUAUGAACCAGUUUGAAAACUAAUUGUGGUGAAAUGCUCCCCAGAUGGAUCUUGAAAUGUUCCUGUGUUUAAGCAAAAUUUCGGAUGGGGCCUAGUGGGAGGCAUUUUAAGAGGUGUGUACUUAUGUGCACCCGAACAGGUGACGAUAUAUGGUUUUUAUUCCAGACCAAGAUGAAUUUUUUGUCAACUGCGAAACUCUGUUUAGAUUUCCGUAUAGAUUUCCUUUUGAGUUUCAUGCUACAAUCAGAUGGAGGACACUUUCGUUCCAUUCAUAUUUUAAUUAAGUGUUAAAGGGGCCCUGUAACACUUUUUGAACACAGUAAAAAAACGUUGCUGAUCUGUGGAAGAGGCUCCUGUGGACAUGUGAGCCAAUUAUCAUUGCAAUAUGGGCAGCGGGGAAUUUUUAAUGUCAUGUGAAAAUCUCCCAAAAAUUGCUUGCUCUCACCUCCACUAUGUCAUCAUGCAGCGUUAUCUUAUUAGCUGGGCCCAUGAACAGCUAUUGGCUGCUUUUGUGAUCGCGUCAACAUUCCCAGUACUGAUACUAUAAUUGCUAAUGUUUAGUUAAAUAAAUGAAAUAUAUAUAUGUCUGCAAUCUUCAUCUUUGCUCGGCCUGUCUAUAAACGACAGUUGCAUAGCUGUGCUUGCUGUGUAGUGUUGUCUAACGUGGCUGUUUCGGGGUGCUGCAUCGAGCCCUCUCGCCACCAAGACCCUCAAUAUUUUGCAAGGCAUUAAGGGAGACAAAAAAAGAGAGAAAGCCACUCAUCGGUGCAUUAACUACAUCUAACUUCACAUGUACUUCGAGGUUCUGGGAAAAAUAUUUCAACAUUGAGGAAGUAUAAUUUAAUAGUGAGGACAUUCUACGUUGAGUUAGAAAAGUCUUUCAGGGCCCCUUUAAUCCCCUCAGGUAUAGGAAGGACUCAGGUACAACCAGUAUGGGGGUGCCUCCUUUUGAAGCUAUAGAGUAUUUCCAAGUCGUCAAGGGCUUAUGGGUGCACUCAUGGAAGUACCUGUUUAUGUCAUUUUGUCAUUUUCUAAUUGUUUCUAAAGAAGAAACAUUAAAACACUCAUUUAUCACUUUAGCUUGACUAUGUACUUUUUUCUUUUUUUCUCUCUUGAAGCGCAAGGUUUCACUGUGCUAUGGUAUUCACUUUAGUGAACGUGGAUUCAUAGAAAAAUGAUUUUAAAUUAUGGUCCUCUGCAUCAAUACCAAGUAGUACCUCAUUCAUAGCAAUGAUUUUUCCACACAAUCAAUUUGUAUAUAUCUAAAUGAAUUAAGGUGUUCUCAAGCUGAAGAACCAAGAUCCAUUGAUUCAAACUGUCAUGACAUCUAGUCCUCUUUUCUUUAAUGCUGUGGAUUGUGGGAGGACAUUGUGCAAGGACAUUUUGCUGGCAUGUGGACCUUUAUUGAGUCAUAUUGUGCAAUGUUUCAUAAGCUAUCCUAAAAAUCACGCCUGUAGGAACACAAAUGCUGAUUCGUCAUUGAGGAGCUUGCGGUGCUAGAGGACUGUUAUGUGUUAUACUCUAUCUCACAAGUACCUUGCACCACUGCCAAAGGUACGAGGCGUACACAGGCAAUAUCCUUCCGCAGCGGUAUGUAGUUCCGGGCAUUAUUGGCUGCACUAGAGAAUAUGGUUUUUUCUCUCUAUAUGAUACGGCGCAGCGAUAUGUGACAUGUUAUGGCCAUUCCGCAUGCACGUCGUAUACCGAGAAUUGCUGUGGCAGUUACUUCCAGUAACCGUAAUUGGCACCUAACCGUGAUCACUUAUAGAAACAUGGCAACCCAUACAGCGCCAACCAAUGGCUUUGAUACGAAUUCGCGCUUUUUACUGGCUCUAUGCCCUGUCAGCAAGAAAUGAGGGGCCAAAUCCGUCAUUGCUAAGUCUCAUCUCAAGCGGAGGUCAAUGGUUUGGCAUGUUUUGUCGUAAUUAUUGAGAUUGGCUGUUUGGUUUUACGUUGCUAGGAUUACACAUUGUGGGGGAAGGACACAAUAUUCCUUUUUUAUAAUUUUUUUUUACGUGUACGCCGCGACUUGUGGACUCAAUAGAAGUGCAUACUGAAGAAAUCACAUACCGAAGCGAGGAAGGCGAGCUGAGGGCAGGUGGCACGGGAGCUGGAAGGAAAAAGGAA